AUGAAGAUCAAGGACCUUGUCACCUCGUGCAAGACUCAGCUAGACGACUUCUGGCACGGACGAGCUCCGUUUAACAAGCCUCUGCACGCCGGUCAGACCUCACUGUCGUGGUGGACUGAGUUUGAGCACAGAAAUGACACACGCAUCCUUGCGGUACUGGCUGUCAAGCUAUUCUCGAUACUGGCCAACUCAAUGCCCGACGAACGGACAGGCUCCAAGAUCACCUGGCUCAACUCGUCGAUUCGUGGCAAGCAGAAGGUACAGACACUUAUUGAUAUGAUUCAGGUCAAUCAGUGGUACGGCGACCAUCUGGCGGAGGUCAAGCGUCCCGAGCGGAAGCGACCAGUAGUGAAGUUCCGAGACUUGAGCGCGGACAUGCUGAACAUCGCCAAAGGUCACCAGCAAGCCCGCGCCGAUCAAGCUGCCUCGUCAGAUGACGAUGUCACCGAUGACGAAGACGACGGCGGCGCGGCGCUGAGAACAUCGGGCGGAAGCGUUAGGACACUUCAACGCGACACCGACGAUCCCGCCGGUGCAUCCCCUGCCGGGAUUGUGACCGACGAGGAUGUUGACCUCCGCUCAGGCGCUUUGCGCGAUAUGCUGUCGAGUAAACCGGUGCCUGGAGCACCUGCCUUGGCAGGCAGAUUUGGUCGAGGUGUUUCGAUUUCCGAAGAUGUUGAGGACGCCGGCGAAACCGACUCGGAAGAAUACAACUGGGAUGAGCCAUGGUAA